AUGUGCAGUCCAGGUUAUUUCUGGAAUUAAAAUAGUUGUUCUAAAUGUGAUUAAACAUGCUUAACUUGUAUCAACAAUUAAUUUAAUUGUCUGAGUUGUGAAUAAAGAUUAAAUCGAAUUUUAAAUAAUAACAAAUGUGUGUGUACUUACAACCAUUUUGAAGGUGACAAUGAAAUUUGUAUUUCAUGUUUGGUUUAAUUAGGUAAAUCUUAAGAAACUUGUAAAUAUUAAGAUUGUGAAGAUAAAGUUUGGACAUAUGGAGAAGAAUGUGAUGAUGGAAAUGAUAUAAAUAGAGAUGGUUGUUCUAAUUGUAAGAUUGAUUAGAAUUACUCUUGUUCUAAUAAAAUACUAAAAUAAUCAAUUUGUUUUCAAUGUUCAGCUAAUUGCAUUUAAUGCCAACUGAAUUCAUACACAAAUAAAUCUUAACGUAUUAAAUGUUAAAAUGGAUAUUUCUUAGAUAAAAAUUAUUGUGUUGAAUGUUCAAUAAAUUGUUUGUAGUGUAUUGAUUAAGCUUAUAAUUGUAUAAGUUGCAAGUUUCUUUCAUAAACUAAUCAUUAAUGUUCAGUUUGUGAGUCAGGAUAUAUUGCAGAUGAAUAAAUGGAACUUGCUUAAAUAAAUGUGGAGAUUAGAUUAGAAUAAAGGAAGAGGAAUGCGAUGAUGGGAAUUUUGUUAAAGGUGAUGGAUGUGAUGUGA